AUGUCGAAGCGCGACUUACACAUCCAGCCGCGCAUGGUCAAGAAGGGCCCCUUCUCGGUCGAGGCGACCGGCUACGAACCCGUCGAGGGGGAGACCAUUCCCCGUCGGCACCCGGCCGCGAAGGACAAGUUGAUCGUGCGCCCUUCUGAGGAUGUCACGACCACUUAUGACAAUUUCCGCCGUUCCGCCCGCCUGUUUGGAAACAACAAGGCCGUUGGCAGCCGCAAGCUGAUCAAGACGCACACCGAGAACAAAAAGGUCAAGAAGAUGGUCGAUGGUGUUGAGAAGGAGGUUGAAAAGCAGUGGACCUACUUUGAGAAGAGCGGGUACACCUACAUGACUUUCCUCGAGUACGAGCAGCUCUGCCUGCAGCUCGGUAGCGGUCUGCGCCAGCUCGGCCUCGAGAAGGAUGGCCGCAUUCACCUCUACGGCGCGACGAGUGCACACUGGCUGGCCAUGUCGCACGGUGCCGCGUCUCAAUCAAUCACCAUUGUCACUGCCUAUGAUACCCUCGGUGAGGAAGGCUUGAAGCACUCCCUGAAGCAGACCUCCAGCACUGCCAUCUUCCUCGACCCUGGUUUGAUCAAGUCCCUGAUCAACGUCCUGGGUGAGGUUCCCUCUAUCAAGUAUAUUAUCUACAACACCGAUGACGAGGCGAAGCAGGCCGACCUUGACAAGCUCAAGAGCGACUUCCCCGAGGUCACGGUGCUUAGCGUGGAGGAUCUGCGCAAGAGCGGCGUGGAGAACCCCGUGGACCCCGUGCCGCCUAAGCCCGAGGAUCUCUGCUGUAUCAUGUACACUUCCGGAUCUACGGGUCCGCCCAAGGGUGUCUCGCUGACUCAAGCCAACGUGAUCGCCGCGACCGCCGGUGUCAACGAGAUCGUCGGACCCUACAUUGGCCCCAAGGACUCUCUGCUCACAUACUUGCCGCAGGCUCAUAUUCUGGAGUUCAUGUUCGAGAACUUGUGCCUGUUCUGGGGUGGCUGCAUGGGUUACGGUAACCCACGUACUCUGUCAGACGCCUCCAUGCGCAAUUGCAAGGGUGACAUUCGUGAGUUCCAACCUACUAUCCUGGUUGGUGUUCCGGCCGUUUGGGAGACUGUGAAGAAGGGUGUCUUGAACAACCUGAACAAGAACAGCAUUAUCAUCAAGAGCAUGUUCUGGGGUGCUAUGGCUGCCAAGAACUUCCUUCUCAACAACGGCUUCCCGGGUGCGGGCGUCGGUGCCUCCAUCCUCGAUUCUAUUGUCUUCAAGAAGCUCAAGGAGGCUACCGGUGGCCACCUGCGCAUUAUGAUGAAUGGCGGUGGCCCCAUCUCCAAGGAUACCCAGCGGUUCCUGUCCAUGGCCAUUGCUCCCAUGAUUAGUGGCUACGGUUUGACCGAGACCUCCGCCAUGGGUGCUUUGAACGACCCCUUGGCGUGGAACCCCGACGUCCUGGGAGAUAUUCCUGCCUCGGUGGAGAUCAAGCUCGUGGACUUCCCCGAUGCCGGAUACCUUACCAAGAACAAUCCCCCUCAGGGUGAGAUCUUCAUCCGCGGUGGCAGUGUGACUUCUGGCUACUUCGACAACGAGGAGGAGACUAAGAGCGCGUUGACCGAGGACGGAUGGUUCAUGACCGGCGAUAUCGGCGAGUUCGACUCCAAUGGCCACCUGCGCAUCAUCGACCGCAAGAAGAAUUUGGUCAAGACUUUGAACGGCGAGUAUAUCGCUCUCGAGAAGCUCGAGUCCGUCUACCGCUCAUGUCCGGUAGUUGGCAACAUCUGUGUCUACGCUGCCGAGGACCAGGACAAGCCGAUCGCUAUUAUCGUGCCCGUUGAACUUGCCCUGAAGAAGAUUGCUAGCGAGAACGGUAUUGAGGGUGACACCCUUGAGACUCUUGUGCACAAGGAGAAGCUCCAGCGCCUGGUUCUGCAGCAGCUUCAGAACUCCGGUCGCGCGGGUGGCCUGCGUGGUAUUGAGAUCAUCAGCGGCGUUGUUCUGUCCGAUGAGGAGUGGACCCCCCACAACGGUUUCAUGACUGCUGCUCAGAAGCUCCAGCGCAAGAAGAUCGUCGACACAUACAAGGCUGAAAUUGACAAGGCCUACGGCAAGAAAUAA